AUGGCGGCGGGUAGGGGGGCGGCGGCGCUGCGGCGAGUCUGGCGGGACCGGCGAGCGGUGCUGCUGGAGCCCAGCUACACCCCGCUGGUGGCCGCCUGCCUCUGCCUGGCUGAGGGCGGCGUCAACCUCUGGGUCAUCCGCAGGGUCCCCUACACCGAGAUUGACUGGAAGGCCUACAUGGAGGAGGUUGAAGGGUUUGCCAACGGGACCCUCGAUUACAUCCAGCUGAAGGGUGGCACCGGGCCACUAGUCUACCCUGCCGGCUUUGUCUACAUCUUCCUGGGCCUAUAUUAUGCCACAGGCCGUGGCACCAACAUCCGCCUGGCACAGUACCUCUUCACUGCGCUCUACCUUCUCAACCUCCUCCUUGUCUUCCGCAUCUACUGGCGAACCAACAAGGUCCCCCCGUAUGUUUUUUUCUUCAUGUGCUGUGCUUCCUACCGCAUCCACUCCAUCUUUGUCCUGCGGCUCUUUAAUGACCCUGUUGCCAUGGCCAUCCUCUUCCUUGCUAUCAACCUCUUCCUGGAGGAGCACUGGUCCUGGGGCUGCCUCCUCUUCAGCCUGGCUGUGUCUGUGAAGAUGAACAUCCUGCUCUUCGCACCUGGACUUCUCUUCCUCCUCCUCCAACAGUUCGGUCUCCUGGGCUGCAUCCCCAAGCUCUGCAUCUGUGCCCUGCUUCAGGUGGUUCUGGGGCUGCCUUUCCUCCUGGUGAACCCUGUGGGGUAUCUGACUCGCUCCUUUGACCUGGGCCGCCAGUUUCAGUUCAAAUGGACUGUGAACUGGCGCUUCCUCCCAGAAGAGGUUUUCCAGAGUCGGGUUUUCCAUGCCAUGCUGCUCCUGACUCACCUGGCUGGCCUGGGGCUCUUUGCACUGCACCGGUGGCACAGGCCCAAAGAAAGCAUCCUGGCCCUGCUGAAGGAUCCUGCUAAAAGGAAACCUGCAUCCCGUCCCUUGACAGUCAACAAGAUCGUUUUCAUCCUCUUCUCCUCCAACUUCUUGGGUGUCUGCUGCAGCCGCUCCCUGCACUACCAGUUCUAUGUCUGGUACUUCCACACGCUGCCCUACUUACUCUGGUGCACCCCUACCACCAAGCUUGCUCACAUGCCCAAGGUGCUGCUACUUGGUGUGAUCGAGCUCUGCUGGAACACUUACCCCUCCACGGCCUGCAGCUCUCUCUCCCUCCACAUCUGCCAUGGACUCAUCCUGCUCCAGCUCUGGUAUGGCACAGCAGUAAUGCACACCCCUUUGCCAAGCAGAAGGUCUGAAGCCAUCUCCAAGAAGGCCCAGUGAGAGUGGCUAGAUGGAUGAUGGAAACUGGCCCCUGGGACUGACCCUUCUUCCUGCUCUUUCCCCAUCUGGCUCCCAAGCUGCCACUCACCAUCCCAGGAGGGCUGUGAGCCCUGGAACUGUGCAGUGAAGGCAGCGUGGGGACCCCUGACACUCAGGACU